AUGACAUUAUUUUUACCCUUGCAUCCGGGGAAAUACUAUUUAGCGGCACUAAAAUCGACAUCAGUGACACCAUCACCGGGUGCUGAACUAAAAAGAAAAUGGACCAACAUACGGGACUAUAACCGAAAAGAAAUUCAAAAACCAAAAAGGAUACAGGCAGUGCAGCUAAAAAAUCCAAAAAAUAUAUCUACUGUGACUUACUAUGCUUUCUUACAUCUGUAUUUGAAAACAGAAAAUCUGAAGGCAACUAUUCAAAUGAAGAUACAGAUUGUACUCAACCACAACGACAGACAAAUGAAGGAGAAGAAAGAAAGGAAAGCCAGAGCCAAAGCAGUGAAACGUAGUUUAAAGGAACUUAAUUCAGAACAAAAGAAAAAGAAAGCUAAGAAAAUAGAAAGCAAAGAUGAUUCAAGUGAAUCUGAAGGAUCGCAAUUUAGCUUGCGGGAGAGUUCAACAUCUCCAGUUGAUUUAGAAAUGGACGAAGAGACUGAUGAUCGUGCUGAACUAAAAAGAAAAUGGACCAACAUACGGGACUAUAACCGAAAAGAAAUUCAAAAACCAAAAAGGAUACAGGCAGUGCAGCUAAAAAAUCCAAAAAAUAUAUCUACUGUGACUUACUAUGCUUUCUUACAUCUGUAUUUGAAAACAGAAAAUCUGAAGGCAACUAUUCAAAUGAAGAUACAGAUUGUACUCAACCACAACGACAGACAAAUGAAGGAGAAGAAAGAAAGGAAAGCCAGAGCCAAAGCAGUGAAACGUAGUUUAAAGGAACUUAAUUCAGAACAAAAGAAAAAGAAAGCUAAGAAAAUAGAAAGCAAAGAUGAUUCAAGUGAAUCUGAAGGAUCGCAAUUUAGCUUGCGGGAGAGUUCAACAUCUCCAGUUGAUUUAGAAAUGGACGAAGAGACUGAUGAUCGUAGUAUCAAUAACUAUUUAAAUGUGACACCAGAGAAAAUCAAAGAUAAUUGUUAUGUUUUGAUCGACGAGGCCCAUCUCGCUAAUUCAGACGUGACCAACAAUCAGCAAAGACCUUUCAAUAUGUGGUCAUUCGGCAACAGUGGCAAGCGCCAAGAAGAGAAGCGCGAACGUGAACGCAAAGAACAAGAGGAGAGGCGCGAGCGCGAGCGUAAAGAACAAGAAGCAAGGCGCGAACGAGAGCGUAAAGAACAAGAAGAAAAGAGAGAACGUGAUCGUAAGAAACGCGAAGACGACGAGAAAAAAGCACAGAUGAUCCUCGAAGCGAGACGUGGAAUGGAGGAGCAACGUUUGCGGGAAGAGCACCGUCGGACCACGGGUAAAUGGUUCUAG